AUGAGCCGAAGGAAAAAUUUGAAUUCUGAUGAUAUUCAACAGUUUCUCGAAAUUCCUUCCGGUAGUGAAGAUGUCCUGGAACUGUCUGAUGAGAACAGCGAUGACGACUUGAUCAGAAUCCAGGAUUUGGUGUUGAAUGAAGUGGAGACGUGCCCUGAAGUACUACAGGAUGAUUUCUUCGAUGAGAACGUGAGCAUACCUAGUCCAAGGUCAAGCAGUAGUAUGUUAGUGAUUCAGCUAACAAGCAGUUCUUCUAACACAGCCAACGUUGCAUCACAACCUAGUACUUCCAGGCAAAUAAAUCCUAGAUCCAGCCGAGUAGCAUCACGACCUCAAGCAGUACCUACUCCCCGCAUCAUUUCACCUUACCCACAGCCUGUCAGGCCUGCCAGGCCAAAACCUAAGAGAGAAUACAUAUGGCGGAAGAUGGACUUUCAGCCACCUGAUACCACAUUUACUGGCGUUGACGUGUUGGAACAACCAUAUACUACAUUUGAAACACCUUUGCAGUAUUUUUUGUACUUUUUUGACGACGAUUUGUUGGAUCACAUUGCUGAAGAAUCUACUAAAUACAGCAUACAGAAGGAUUGCUCAAAGCCAGUUUUGGUUACAAAGACGGAACUCAAAAAAUAUUUAGGCAUCUGUCUCUUGUUAGAACUGGUGCCACAGCCAAACAUUCGCAUGUUGUGGAAUUCUAUAUUUGGUAUACCACUUAUAAUUGAAACGAUGACACUCGGUAACUUUGAAAAAUUACGAAGUGUCAUACAUUUCAAUGACAACAUAAAUUACAAACCUAGAGGAGAGCCAGGACACGACAGACUUUUCUGUAUUAGACCCUUAUUGGAAACAUUGAGAAAGAAAUGUCAAGCUGUGCCGAAACGAGAGACACUUUCGGUGGAUGAGCAAAUGUGCGCUACCAAAGCCUGCAACUUCCUCCGCCAGUAUCUCCCGAACAAACCUCAUAAGUGGGGAUACAAGUUGUUGGUGUUGUGUGAUGAUAAAGCUUUUGCUUAUGACUUUGAAAUCUACUCCGGCGCAGAAAAUGAUCCUGAGUUGAGGCUGCCCGACGAAUAUGAUUUAGGAGCGAGUAGCAACAUUGUUGUACGCCUAUGUCGCAGUGUUCCAAGAAAUCAAAAUUAUAAGAUCUUUUUCGAUAAUUAUUACACGUCUCCUUAA